AUGGAUUCCUACACGAUACGCGUAAAGAACCAAUCGUCGAAAGCCCGGACAUACACUGUAUGCUCCGAAGAGGUUUACAUUUUAGAGUCUGCCAAGAACAUGCUGGUCAGCCCCAUAGUUAAUCCAGGAAUGUCCUGUGAUAUUAUUAUCAAUGACAAGUUCUAUGUCUGGGCCAAGUUGACUGGUACUUCCUCUCAAAAAGUGUUCCCAGAGGCGAACAUCGGAACAGCGCUCCUUCUAAGGCGGUAUGGACGACAACUAGCCGUUCAGAAGAUCGGACAUGUCCCCGAACCCGGAUGCUUCUCUAUUUCUAUCGAUCCCAACUUUCUAGAACAUGGUGUGUUUGGCCUCGGCCUCCAGGUAUCGCCAUCUACCGCAUUCCGUCCCCUCACCACAGCCGAAGCGACCGAGGUCGAGACUUACAACAUCCAGCCGAGCCGGGUCUUCGAAGUAGCCGUAAACGAGCGCUACAAAGAUGGCGAUGAGCUGCUUAACAGCGUACCUCCGACUUUGUCGGUUACUGUUAACUUGGAUGUCGGUGCCCGAUUUGUCACGGUAGUUCACAGCACUAACGACACCGCUGAGGAUCUGUCCAUUGAAGACCCGAUAGUGAUGAAGGAAUUGCAGGAGGAGAUGGACCGGCUGAGCAAGGAGGCAGAGGAAGAGACGAAGAGGCAGGCUGCGGCGGUGGCCGAGCAAAAAAGAAAAACUGAUGAGAAGACUGCUGCCGAGAGGGCUGCUGCUGAGAGGGCCCGCCAUUUUCAGAACCAAAGCUUCGUUUCGGGCCAUUCCAUCGCCGCUAUCACAUGGUCCGCAUGGCAUAUUCGUGUGUACUUUCAAGAUGGCCGAGGAGGAGUCCGUGAGUCCAGACACGAUGACGGAGUCUGGAUAGGUGGAGAUUCGGGGAGUGUCCUGUUCACGGCCAAGAUGGGGACCCCUCUAUCUGUGAUCAGCUGGGACAAUGGCCAACAGUCAAGGGAUUCGAGUCGCGCCCUGUUCGAAGCUGUCAGCGAUUUGCUGGCCUGUGGGCACGUCGAUUCGUGUUUAUUUCCAAGGGAAGUUGUUGUCCUCACACAGCGAAAUUACUGUAUGAGCUCGGGCAUUGCCGCAACGAGAUGGUUCCGUGGCGCACUUGACAAUAUUCACAGGAAUCUACAUAUCCGCAUAUACUACCAAGACGAGCAGUCAUAUAUCAGGGAGCUGUAUUGGCAGGUCGGCGGCUGGUCCAUGGGCGGAUUCAGCCAGCAGGCGCUUGACCUCACUCCUAUCGCGGCAUUCGCUUGGUACGAUCAACAAAUCAACAUACGCGUGUUCUGGCAGGACAGUUGCAAGGCACUGCUCGAGUCGAAAAAUGCUAAUGGUUGGGCUGGUCCGUCGAAUGUUGCGAACGACAUCGAUGAGCACUGUCCUCUCACAGCCGUGGAGCUGCAGAAUGGGCAACACCAUAGAAUAUACCUGCGAGAUCAAAUGGCUUUGGUGGAGAAAUGUAAUGGAAAGUACGGGUAUCAUUGGUUCAAUGGGGCUUUUUUUAUGACUUAG